GAUAUUUCGAUUUGAUGAUCGAUGGAGAGCAACAGGGAUGAGGCUGAAAGAUGUUUUCACAUUGCGCUCGCAUACUACAAAAAAGGCAACAACAAGGAGGCAUUAAAAUAUUUUUAUAAAGCUGAAAAACUAUAUCCGACUCAGAGAACCAAAGAUUACAUUCAAAAACUAUCAUUUCAAAACGAUGGUGAUAUGAAUGACCGGGAGAAUACAACAGCCCCCGGUGCUCAUGGAACCGAAGGUCGAUCAAGACAGAAGAGACCUUCUUCUUCAGAAAAUAAUGAAAACACCAGGCACAGAUACACUGAGGAACAGAUGGAUGCUGUUAAAAGCAUAAGAAGCUGUAAAGAUUAUUAUGAAAUGUUGGGACUGCAGCGAGACUGCAAUGAUGAUGAACUGAAAAAAGCAUACAAAAAAUUGGCUCUGAAAUUUCAUCCUGAUAAAAACCAUGCGCCUGGUGCUACAGAAGCUUUUAAAGCUAUUUCCAAUGCAUUUUCUGUGCUAAGUGACCCCACUAAACGGAAACGAUAUGAUCAAUUUGGUAACGAGGAGAAAUCAGAAGAUGCGCGUCAUGCUCAUGAAUAUGAAGGUGACAUAUCAGCUGAAGAACUGUUUAAUAUGUUUUUUGGUGGAGCAUUCAACAACGUCAGCACUCGUACUUAUAGAAGAAGUCAUUAUCGUCACGCUCAUACUGAUCAAAAUCAGUCAAGGUCAGCUAUGUUGGUCCAGCUUGGUCCGAUUUUGUUCCUCCUCCUUAUUUCGGUUCUUACUGCAUUCUUAUCAGGAGAUCCCACGUACAACCUAUCUCAGACCCAAAAAUACUCUGAAGUAAGAAAGACACAUAACCUGCAUGUUUUGUACUAUGUCAAGAAAGAUUUUGCAGAAUCUUUUAAAGGUGAUAUCAAUAAAUUGGAAAAAGAAGUAGAAGAAGAUUAUAUUGAUAAUCUCAGGUCUAAUUGUCAUAGAGAAAAGAUGUACAAAGACAGUAUGAUGUGGCAAGCAAGAGCCUAUCAAGACAGGAGGAUGUAUGAACACGCCGUGAAUUCAAAAACACCAUCAUGUGACUCCUUGCAGAAUAUAUUCGAUAGAUAAUCUCAUUCUUUCCACUUCUUUCUUAAAAAUUUAGGACAUUUUUUAAUAACUAUGAACUAUUCCCAUUGAUUAUAUUGAUAAAGUUCAAAAACAAUUUUUCAAUUUAUAUAUGAUUAAACUAAUUAUGGAAAAUAUUUUGGUGGAAUAUAUCUGUAAUCUGGUAGGUUAGAUUUACGGUGGUAGACCUCAUAUGGGUCGUUAACUGGGUAGUGUGGCACUUUGUACUCUACAUUUACCAUCUGAAAUACAAUAUAUUUU